AUGGACGACGAAGAAUUGCCAUCAGAAUCCACAUCACGUCCAAUUUUUCGUCGAAAUGUCCAGAAAAAUAUUAGUUCAACAAAUGCAAAUACAUCAAGUGGUACGUCUUCAAAAUUUCCUAAUAAAAAAGUUAAAUUAAUUUCAACAGCACACACAAAAAAAUCUACUAAAAAACCAGCAAAACAACCUGUUUCAAGAAAAAAAAAGACUUAUCUUCAAUCAACACCAAAAACCAAAAGAUCAACAACACUUAUUGAUAAUUCUAUUAGUACAGAUGAUGAUAUGCAUGAUGAUUAUACUCAAACAACAGUACAACAAUCCAAUCUUAAUGAUUCAUUUGCUAGUGGGAGAACGGAUAACAAUGUUUCCAAUGAACAAUCAGAUGUGAUGGCGAAAAAAACUACUCAAACAAAAGAAGAUGUAUGGAAAUGCUUCACAAGACAAAGCAAUGGAGAUUUUCAAUGUAAUUUAUGUGCAGAUCCUCCAAAAGUAUUUCCAAGAAAAAACGAAAUAACUGAUACAAAUCUUCGAAGUCAUCUUGGAAGAACACAUAAAUUAACCGAAUUUCUUUAUCCAUCACAACGUUCAAAAAAAGAACCAAAAGAAUAUAAUGCAUUUUAUCACAGAAAAAAAGAUUUAAAUACAGCUGCUAUUCAAGCAAUUGUACAAGAUUCUCAUGCUUUUAAUAUAUUUCAUAAAUCAGGAAUCCAGAAAUUUCUUUCUUUAGCUGUUCCCGGUUAUCGGGGGCCUACAAGACAAACAGUUGCUAAACGAUUGCAACAUAUGUAUAAAAAACAUCGGCAAACAAUCCGUGAUGAUUUUUCAAAUGUUUCUGAUAUUUCUUUAUCAGCUGAUGUAUGGAAAACCAAUCGUCGGGAUCAUUUCAUUUGUUUGUCUGCACACUAUUAUGACGACCAUUAUCUAUCACAUUCGAAAAUUAUUGCUUUUCGACGAUUUUUAGGCAAACAUUCAUCUGAUCGAAUAGAGCGGUUUAUUAUUAAUGAAAUCGAAAAACUUAAUUUAGAAACAAAAAUAUGUUCAUUAACUACUGAUAAUGGAAGUGAUAUUCGAUCAGCUUCAAGAAAUAAACCAAUAUUUGGAAUAAGAAUAUCAUGUUUUAUUCACAUCUUGAACUUGAUUGUUCGUAAUGGUCUUUGGUUGUUCGAUACACCGAACAAACUAAAUUUAAAUUCAUUACCAACAACAAACAUCAUCACAUCUACUACAACACCAUCAACAUCGAGCACCACAAUAUCAAUUCCAUCAUCAUUCACAUCGAGCAUCACAACAUCAAAUUCAUCAUCAAUUCCAUCACCAUCACAAUCUAAUCAAACAUCAUCAACAUCAAAUCAAUCAUCGUCAACAUCGAAUAAAUCAUCAUCAACAUCAAAUCGAACAUCAUCAGCAUCAAAUCGAACAUCAUCAACAUCAAAUCGAAUAUCGUCAACAUCGAAUGCUGCUAAAUCUAACAUAUCAACAUUAAUAUGUACUGAUUCGUCAACAGAUGAUGAUUAUGACUAUACAAUAAAUGACAGUGAAGUUACUGAUGAUAGUGGAAGUGAUAUUGCAAGUAAACAUAGUGAUCGUGAUAGUUCCUGUUGUAGUACAUCAACAGCUACAUCUUCAUUAAAUGAUGAAUCAGAUUUUUUAUCUUCAAGUAGUACUGAUGAGGAUGAUGAUGUUUUAAAUCCGUCAUUGUUAUCAGCAAUAGAUGAAGAAAAAGAAUUACUUAACAAAGCAUGUGUCGAUUCAACAAUUCUGUUAUUAAAAGUUCAUAUUAUUCUUAAACGACUUCGAAAACUUAUCCGAAUGAUACAUCAAUCAAGUGUUAUAAAUCGAUAUGUUGAGAAACAAAUGAAAUCAAAAUUAGAAAAAGAAAAUUUAAAUCGUCGAUCUAAUAACCAAAAACCGAUAAAGUACAAGGGAUUGAAAAUUUCGUCAUUUCUUGAUCCAUCAACAUAUCGUUUCUUAACUUGUGAUGAUAAAAUAGAAGCAGAAACUAUUAUAAUCAAUGAAGCCAAAGCUCAUUAUGCAAAAGUAAAUGCUAAUUCAUCAUCAUCAAAUCAAUCAUCAACUGUAACACCAAUAAAUAAAAAUGAACAACAAGAUAAUCAAUCAAUUUUUUUGCAAAAUUUAUUUAUUGCAUGCGGUUUUGAAGCACAAACAACAACAUCAAUUUUCAAACCAUCAACAAUAAAAGAAGAACUUGCUCAAUAUGUUGCAACAAUUAGUUCAUAUCAAAGUUUCAGUCAAUAUUGGUAUGAAAAGAAAGAUUGUUUACCUAUUCUGUCUUCAAUCGUUCGUAAAUACAACAUUAUGUGCUCAACAUCUAUUGACUGCGAAAGUACUUUCAGUAUCGCUGGCUUUGUCCAGCGUAAAAAUAGAUCUAGUUUAUCUCCAUCUACUUUAAGAUACUCAAUGUUGUUACGUGAACAAAACAAAUAA